GAGGAGUUCCUCAGUGAUGAAGUUGGAGUUGUUGGUCAAAGAGCAGCGCCAAACUUACUUGAUCCCAGUAUUGGAUAGGACAAGACAUCAGACAAAGCAAAAGUUGUGUGUUUCAUCUAUCAAGAGAGACAAAAAGUUGUGCUUGAGUGUGAUGCAGUGUUAGUGCAAUUACUCUACUUUGAUGACAAUGACAUAAAUAGCUUGCUCUUGUCAGGUAUGUCAUCUCCAAAGUGAAUCUGAAGCCAGUUGUGUUCAGCAAGGGGGAUAGUGAAAAUUUUGCUGGCUUUUGUUCUUCUUCAGUUAUGACAAUUGUGGUGAAGUGUCGAGGAGGUCAGGUCUGGCCAUACUUUCCUCUGAUCCUGGGGUUCAUUCUAUAUUCAGGUGUUGUCGUCGAGGCUCGACAGCAGCAUUUCCGAGUGCGUCCUCACGAUGUGGAGGUGGCCUCGGGUGGCACCGCCGUGAUAACUUGCGAGGUUGGAAACCGAGCGGGUCGAGUACAAUGGACCAAGGAUGGACUCACUCUAGGCUAUCAACGGUCCAUACCUGGAAUUCCGCGAUAUCAGGUGUUGGGUUCGGAUGAUUCCGGCGAGUUCAGUCUUCAGAUUUCGGGCGUGUCCUUGGAUGAUGACGCGGAUUACGAAUGCCAAGUGGGGCCUGGCAAUUUCAAUGCCCCCAUCCGGGCCUCAGCCCAUCUCUACGUGUUGUUGCCUCCCACUUCCAUUCAGAUCGAAGGUUACAACCCUGGUCAACGCGUGGAUAUCAAGGAGACUGAGGAGUGUGAAUUGACCUGCAUUGUGGCCGAUGCCAAACCCAAAGCCACGAUCAUGUGGUUCCGGAAUGAUCUCCAAUUCACACCUGAAUCCACCGAGGACACCGACGAGGACGGCACGAAAGAGGGCCGAAAAACUGUCAAGAGCAAGAUCAAAUUUCAUCCCACACCCAGGGACAAUGGAGCCAAAUAUUACUGCCAAGCCGCUCAUCCAGCUUUGGGUGGAACACCAAUGAAGUCCUGGAUCACCAUGUCAGUCCAAUUUCCACCUGGCCCACCGGAAAUCCAAGGCUAUCUCCAAGGAGAAACCAUUCGCUUGGGUCAGGCUGUCACCCUGACCUGCGUGUCUCACGGAGGAAAUCCUUUGGCCGAGAUUGUCUGGUACAAGAAUGGCGAUGGGAUUGACUUCUCGUACACAACUGCUGGCCGGGAAUCCAGGAAUACCUACAACUUUAUCGCCGCUACCGACGACAAUAAUGCCAAGUAUCGUUGCGAGGCCAAGAACUUCAUGAGCACCGAACCCAUGGUGACUGAGAUUAGUUUGGCAGUCCAAUUUGCGCCCGAUAAAGUGACCAUUACGGGCCCCACUGAGGCCAAGGCCGGAGACGAGCUCAAUUUUGAAUGCGAGACAGGAAACUCCAAUCCUCCGGCGAGCAUUCAGUGGCUCGUGGAUGGAGUUCGAGCCCAUGAGAACUUUACGCACAAGGCAACAAGUCCCAAUGGCGGCUGGGUGUCCAAAUCUGACCUCUCCACCAAAGUUGGACCCGAAGACCGAAACAUAAUGAUCUCCUGUUACGCAGUGAACCAAGCCCUGGGCGAAACCAUCGUAGAGACCCAUAUGGUCAGCGUCUUAUACCCCCCCGGUAAACCCAACAUCACUGGACUUGUCUACGGAGACAUUCUUGAGGAAGGCCAAAUGAAGCGUUUGACGUGCAUCUCGAUGGCUGGAAAUCCAUUAGCGGAUUUGACUUGGUUUCGUGGUGAGGAGAAGAUUGAGGGCACCACCACCAUCAAGGGUGGAGAUGGAAAGUAUUCCAGUUCCGAGCUUGCCAUUAUCGCCAACCGCACCGACAAUGAACUUCCCUACCGCUGUGAGGCCUCCAAUCCCGCCACAUCAGAGCCCAAAAAGACCACAGUCCAAUUGAGUGUGCUAUUCAAGCCGGCUCUGGUGAAGAUCACCGUGGAUCCUGCUAGUCCCAAGGCCGGGAAAAAGGCCAUCCUGACAUGCGAGAGCUCGAGCAGCAAUCCGACGGCCAGCAUCGUGUGGCGGUACAACGGCAAAAGAAUGAGCGGCUCCGAUCAAGUGAUCAAGACCGGCGAAUACGGCGGGAACGUCACCUCGAACCUUCUGGAGAUCGACGUCACCCCCGAACAUCAGGGGGCCGUUUUCAUUUGUGAGGCCAAGAAUCCGGUGCUUGACCAUAGCGUUCACGACGCUGAGACGUUGAGUGUGAAAUAUAAACCACAAUUCCCCGACGAUGUAGAAGGAGCACCACUGAAGGUGUUCACUGUGGAGGAAGGCGCCUCGAUCCUCAUCGACCUCACUGCUGAGGGCAAUCCGGCUAAGAUCGAUUAUAAGUGGACCACUCCGGAUCGUGACAACAUCCCUAAUCAGAGUGAAGCACUACCUGAGAGUCGAUUGAUCGUCAAUGGCGGCACGUUAAACAUCUCAGCAGCCAAGCGAGUGGAUGCUGGGAAGUACAAGGUUAAAGGCUCCAAUGAUGAGGGCAAAACCACCUUCAAGUUUAAACUCGAUGUCUUUUAUGAACCCAGCAUCACCGAGAUCACCGAUGCCGUGGUGGUAAAGCCAGGGGACAAUGCGGAAUUCUCGUGCUUUGUGGAUGCCAACCCCAUAAAAGACGACACCAUCCAAUGGAAAAGAGAGGACUUUGAUAUGACCCGUGUGACCACUACCAACAUCUCCAAUAUCGUGUACCUCACCGUCAAGAACGUCACAGACAAAGACUCUGGGAAGUUCGAUUGCGUGGCCAACAACGGAAUCGGCGCUGAGGUCAAGAACUCAUCCUUUCUCCUUGUGCGACAUAAACCAAUGAUUGACGAAUCUCCUGGUAUCGCUAAAUCGGCCUCGGACAAAGGACUCACCGGUGUGCUCACCUGUCGAGCUACCGGCGUGCCGAAGGUCAAAUUCAUUUGGAGUCGCGAAGGCUCCGUGAUCGAUCCAACCUCGGACAACAAAUAUGCCGCCGAGGAGAGUCCCGUCGACAUGAUGACGUUCGAAUCGUUGCUCUCGGUGAAGAAUGUGACCUCCCUGGAUUACGGGGCGUACGAUUGCAUCGCCCAAAAUGAAGAGGGAUUGGACCGACACACGAUCUAUCUAAAUGUGACGAGUCGUCCCGACGCCCCCGCCUUCUUGCGAGUCCUGAAUGUGACCUACACAUCGGUCACCCUGAAUUGGACGCCGGGAUUUGACGGGGGAUUUGUUCAAUCCUUUCGAAUCAGGUUCCGAAAGGCCGACUCCAAUGUGUACCACUAUGUGGAUGUCUCUCCACCUGGAACGGACACGUUCGAGGUGCAGGACUUGAAAGUGGGUACCACCUACCGGUUUGCCAUCAUGUCCCAUAAUUAUGUGGGCGAGUCCGAAUACACGGCAGACAUUGGCGAAGUUACCACAAAAAAUGUGUCUCCCCUGACUCAAACGGCCAGUCCGAGCGUGAGUCGAGACUCGGCCACCUCUUCAGUGGGCUCGGUCUUGCUCAUUGUGGGCGUGUCCAUUUGCGGCACGCUCCUUCUCCUUGUCAAUGCCGCCUUGAUCUCGGUUUACUUGCGGCGGCGGCAAUUGAGCCAGAAAGAGGCCGCUAAAGAAGGUAGUGUGACGGCUACGGCCUCCACGACCUCAGGCGAGGGAGGAAGCACGACCGGAAGCUCCAAGUCCGCUACCAUCGAGAUGUACGUGGGGAGUUCCUAUGGAACAGAUGCUCUGGGAAGCCACGCUGGCGACAACAUGAGUUCGUCCAUGUCAGAUAAAAGUGGAAGCUAUAGCUCCAACAAUGACCAAGAUCAUUCUAGCCAUCACCACCAUAGUCAUCCUCAUCACAUAUAUCAUCCCCACCAACAUCAUCUCCUUGGGCGUCACCAGCCACCAAGUCUGGAGGUGCCCAUAGAGCGGGACGAGGAACUGGAUCCUGAAGAGGACGACACCUUCGAGGUUGAAGAGGGGGGUCCAAUACGUCCACCCCCGCCCAGCAAGUCCUCUUUCUAUGCGUUGAAACGCGAUCCUCGCGCUACCACCAAUUACGCCACCAUGCCCAGGAGGCCUUCCAAUCAGUCGAGUGGGGUGGAAAGUAGCAAUGGCGGUCGUCAUCAUGGUGGAUCCUUCUUCCAUUCCCAUCAACAUUCGGCAACCCUGACCAGGCCACGGCAUCGCGACGAGUUUCAUCGUCAGGCAUAUGUUCAAUCAAUAGAAACGAGUCAUGAUAUCUACGUUCCAUCGGUGACCUCGGUGCAGUCUUCCGCGGUCAGUUUCCCACCACCGCCGUCAUCUUUGGGAUCCCUUACUCGAGGGUUGAGGGGCGUUUCCAAGGGUCCCCCUGUGCCUCCAUUACCUUCCUCUUACGAGGGCGAUUACAAUGGACUGUAUGUUCCACCCGCUGAUGAAGAUCCAUACACUUAUGUUCCACCCCCUAGACCUCCUAUGCCCUCCGAAUACCCUGAAGAUGAGGGUCAUUUGGUGUGAGAAGCGUGGCAUCGAUAUGGAACAUAUCUCCUGAGUGGCAAUCUGUCCCAAUCAAUGACACAUUGAUCUCAUGAGUACAAGUCUUGCCGAAUCAUAUGUGUUCCAUGCAAAUCAAAAAAAUCAUCCCGUGUUUUCCAAAGCAACCUUGCUGAUUUUCAAAAGUGAGCCUUGAUUGAAGGCCUCCCUCCCCUUUCUGGCACCCAUUCCCCGUUUCAAGCGUCCUCCUUAUCAAAGGAUUAUCGAGCAUUAUGUAUAUUCAUUCAGAAAAGAAGUCGGAUAUAGUUUCAUGUCAUGAUGCCAAUGUCAUUAAUGUUUAGUCACUUUUUCAUUCAUGUCUUGGAGACAAAAAUCUAAAAGGACACCUGUACUUGAUAUAUCUGUUUAGUGCCAAGAUCAUGAUUGAUUUCUUGGAACGUGUGAUAUUCUGGAUACUGCUUUAUGUGUGAAAUAAACUAGAACUAUUACACCA